AUGAAGGGGGUUCGACUGUACAUUUCUGGCCUGCAUCAAACAGUGAGUGAACAGGAUUUGAAGGAGCUAUUCAAACCUUUUGGUCAAAUUAAAAAUGUCCAGAUAGCACGUUGCAAAGAACUGAACUAUCAAAGCUUUUGUAGAGGUUUUGCACACUUCGAAAUCAAUUUUUCGAGCCAAGAAGCACAGAUCCGCUGUCUUUUUAUGUACAAUGGUUGUAAGUGGAAAUCGCGACGAAUUCAACUCGAACUUGCGCACCCUAGCUUUAGGGAUCGACGACUCGCUGAAAUAUACGAGAAUAAUCAAUCUAUGCCACGCUUUUCAAAUCUUAGAAAGAGUACUGAGGUUAAAAACUUUAUGCUUAUCCCUUUAAAUAUUGCUGGACGUUCGAGAAAUACUCAAAUAGAAGUUUUUUGUGGGAUCUCCCGUAAAUUUGACCAUUCUGAUGAAGAAAAGAAAACGAGUUAUACUGCGAAUCAUAGGGAGAUACAUACCUCACUUAGUACUGAAACAAGAAACACUGAAAAUAUCAAAGCAAGUACUGUAAGGAGACAUGGUUUAGAUACAUCACAUGCACGUGAUUUGAAAUUGAUUGAUUUCGAACAAGAGAGUUUUUCUAAGAGUAUGAAAAAGAAGUGUCCUGAUAGCGACAAACAAAGAAUUUCCAUUUCAUCCAACUUCUUUAGAGAUUAG